GCGGCAUUUGGAGAUAAGCCGUGAUUUUACAGCUCCAGCGCUUUCUGCUCCGCUAUCUCCCAGUUCCUCCUGGUUUGUUGGUGAAAGUCAUGGCUGCAAAGCGAGCUUUAGUGAUCUUGGCCAAAGGAGCGGAGGAGAUGGAGACAGUGAUACCGGUGGACGUCAUGCGGAGAGCCGGGAUUGCCGUGACUUUGGCAGGAUUAACAGGGAAGGAUCCUGUUCAGUGCAGCCGUGACGUCCAAAUCUGUCCAGAUACGAGUCUGGAGGAAGCCUCGAAACAGGGCCCAUACGAUGUGGUUCUGUUACCCGGAGGACUGCUGGGAGCGCAGAACCUGUCCGAGUCUCCUGCUGUGAAGGAAGUGCUGAAGGAGCAGGAGGGCAGGAAGGGUCUGAUCGCUGCCAUCUGCGCAGGCCCCACAGCACUGUUGGCUCAUGGAAUUGGUUACGGCAGUACGGUUACGACCCACCCAGGUGCCAAAGACAAGAUGAUGGCUGGAGAUCACUACAAGUAUUCAGAGGCCCGUGUUCAGAAAGAUGGACAUCUGAUCACGAGCCGAGGUCCAGGCACUGCCUUUGAGUUCGCCAUGGUCAUUGUGGAGGAGCUGCUGGGAGCCGAGGUGGCCGCUCAGGUCAAAGCACCGCUCAUCCUGAAAGACUAACAGAUUCAUUUAUUGAAUGCUAAUUAAUUAAUCUGUACCGCACUUCAUCAGACGGAGCAGCAAAGCAAAUGACAUACUGUAUGUGAGAAUUACUGUAUGCUUUUCUUGAAGAAGAAGAAUAAAAGCACCUUAUUUUGAGAAGUUUUUGUUAGCAGGCAGUGGCAUGAUUAAGCACCUUAAAUCUUGUUUCUUUGGCAACAUUAAAACAAAACCAUUAUAAAUCA